CCAGAAGCUAGCUAGAAAGCAAUCUUCCAUCUGCUGCAUCAAAUCUCAUGGCCCCUAGUUCGUCUAAUUUUGUGGAUUACUGCUUCUUCUUUUUUAUUUGGGCUGUCUCAAAUCUCUUGGUGCGUUUCUUGAUCAAAACAUGCAAUAAAUCUCGUGCCAAAAUUCGGAACCCACCGAGCCCACUCGCUCUACCGAUUAUUGGCCACCUUCAUCUCCUGAGCCCUUCAUUACCAAAGUCAUUACAAAACUUAGCUCGACGCUAUGGUCCGCUCAUGCAGAUACGUAUUGGUGCAACUUCUUUUAUUAUUGCUUCCAAUGCCGCUGUCGCAAGAGAAAUGUUGAAAACCCAUGACAUUGACUUUGCUUCCAGAUUUGAAUUUGGCCCUUCGAACUACAACAUUUACAGCGGAGCUGGUUUUGUUACGGGCCCCAAUGGCAGCUAUUGGCGGUUCAUGAAGAAGCUAUGCAUGACCAAGCUAUUCGCCGGCCCUCAGCUAGACCGUUUCAACCACAUUCGAGAGCAAGAGAUUGAAAAUCUCUUAAAAUCCCUGUUGAAGAGCUCCGGAGAAGGAAAGGCGUGCGAUUUAGCGGCGGAGUUAACGACCUUGACAAAUAAUUUACUGUGUAGAAUGGCUUUGAGCAAGAGAUGUUCGGCCUACGACGCCACGGGAGCCAAGGAGAUCAGAAAGUUGGUCGUGGAAAUUAUGCGGCUUGCGGCAAAAAUAGGUGUCAAUGACGUGUUUGGUCCUUUGAGGAAGUUUGACCUCUUCGGACAUGGGAAAAGGCUCGUGGAGAGUCUUUGGCGGUAUGAUCGGUUUUUCGAGCAGAUCAUGAAGGAGUACGAAGACAACAUGGGAGACGGCGUGCAAGGGAAAGAAGCGGCAGAUCUGAUGAGUAUUGUGUUGGAGACUUAUAAAGACACAAAUGCUGAAGUGAAGAUAACAAGAAAUCAGAUCAAGUUUUUCUUCAUAGAACUACUUAUGGCAAGCGUUGAUACUUUAUCGGCAGGAAUACAAUGGGCCAUGGCCGAGCUAAUCAACCAUCCCCAGGUAUUUAAGAAGCUUAGAGAUGAGAUUAACAUGGCUGUGGGGUCAAGCAGGCUAGUCAAAGAAUCGGACGUCCCAAAUCUUCCUUACUUGCAAGCGGUUGUGAAGGAAUCCCUAAGAUUACAUUCUCCAGCACCGCUCAUCUUCAGAGAAAGCACCAAGGACUGCAAGAUCAACGGCUUUGAUGUAAAGGCUAAGACUAAAGCGAUGAUCAAUGCGUAUGCCAUAAUGCGGGACCCGGAGUAUUGGAAUGACCCAGAUGCGUUUGUACCGGAGAGAUUUUUGGUCAACUCCAAUGAUCAGAUGGAAAUCAACGGUCGGGAUUUUCGUUACCUUCCAUUUGGGGGCGGAAGAAGACGAUGCAUUGGUGGAACACAUGCAAUACUGGUGACGCAAGUGACACUUGGAGCGUUGACCCAAUGCUUUGACUGGAAAGUCAAAGAUGGGGAGAAGAUUGAUAUAAAGGGAGCGUCGGGAUUUUCUGGAGCAAUGUCACUUCCUCUUGUGUGUUAUCCAAUUACUCGUUUUGAUCCAUUUUAGGCAACCAUGAAAUUCCCUAGAAAUGGAGCAUACAUAAUUUGUGCACUACUGGUGAGUUAUAUAUCUAGCUUCCACAAACUCAUCAUAGUCUUAAUUCUAGUGCGCAAUUUGCUCAUAAAAUAAAUACUGCUAAUAAU